CAGGCCUUCCUUCAAUUUAUUAUAUAUUAUAUCUGAUUCUAAGGUAUCAUAGUCCGUAGAAGGCUGGUGUGGCCGUUCUCACGACGCUGCAGUCGGCACAACUCUUAUUUGAAGCCACUAAACACGACUUUGUUGUCUGCAUGGCGUACUUCGUGAUCUCCUUGUCUUUCAACCCUUAACGAGAAAGCUUGACGAUAAAGAGCGUGGAUUUUAUGGGCGAUUUGAACGUCUUUCGUUGAUACUAGCCGUGGUUAAAGCCUUUGGGACUGCGAAACUUUCUUUGCGUUGACCCUGAAAAGCGCCCUCCAACAAGUGGUCCAUUCAACGUCAUACCAGACCAUCGAUUAUUCGACAUUUGACCAACCUGAAAUCUGAAGCUGCAGCACAUCAAGCAUUUACACAGAUAAUUUGGUGCCUUAAAUGGGCUGGCCCAUUGGUCCCAGAUCGUAGCAGCCGUCUGAUCGAUCAAGAAGGGUCGCAUAUCACAACUGGACCACAUUUUGGUAGGAAGCACGAAGCUUCGACAUUUUGGAUUUGCUGGCGUCUCACCUUCGAUAUUGAAAAUACGCGCCUGUCUGUUUUUCCUCACGAAGAAGGAACUGGAUAGAUAACGCUGUCUACCAAAAAGUAGCUCAUCAUCGGCAUGCUGCCGUUGGGAGGGUGUGUUGCCGUUGGUGGACUGUAUAACCUGUGAUUCUUGGCCGUGUGGAAUUACUGACGUAUUAAAUCAUGAUGGAUGUCGAUAUGCAAGAAGGCUCUGAGAGCGUUCCGCUCCUUGAUAUUGCUUUGAGGCAGAGCUUGGAUUCGAGGGACAGCAUGGACUCUUCAGAAGGGAAAAUCUAUGACCUGCGGGCGAUCGGUCCUGUGUACGAUGAUAAAGAUGGUGGCCGCCCAGUCGAAGCUGCAGAGUCAUGUGAAAAUGAUGAAUACAAAAGCGUUGAGGUUGAUGAGGAAGACGCCUUCGCCAAAGAUCCAUUCGUACCAUUCAAUGAACUUCCUGAGGAGGAAAAUUGGGUACUCACCUUCCGUGCUGUCUUCAUUGGUCUCUGCUGCGGUGCCAUUGUCAACGCGUCAAAUGUUUAUCUCGGCCUAAAGUCAGGAUGGACUUUUGGCGCUAAUCUCUUUGGUGCCAUUGCCGGUUUUGCGAUCAUUAAGUCAUUCUCAACCAUGUUUGCGGAGAACUUCCCUAUUCUGGGUGGAGCCUUCGGUCCAAGAGAGAACAACAUAGUACAAACAGCUGCAAUGGCGUCUGGCGGUCUUUCUAAUGUCUUUGUCUCCGCCUACCCUGCACUGUACCAACUUGGAUUAAUGAACACACCCGAAGAGGACUUUUGGAGAAUCGUCUCUUUGACUGCUGUAGGCGGCUACUUCGGAUUCUUCUUUGCAACUCCAUUGCGAAAGUUUUUUAUUAUCUACGUAGCACGCGAGUUGCGCCUCGUCUUCCCGUCCGCAUCAGCAACAGCUCUUACUAUACGGAGCAUGCAUGAUGCUGUUCGGGGUGCAAGUAUUGGUAAAAUGAAGAUGAAGGCUAUGGGAAUUGCUUUUUCUUCUGCAAUGAUCAUUCGCGUUGUCUCCCAGUACGCCCUUGGUAUUCUUUGGGAGUGGCACUUCUUCUGGUGGUUUCACGUCUGGGGUCAUUACAGGACCGUUGCCAUAGCCGUCGAGAACUGGGGUUGGUUUGUCCAGUUCACUCCAGCCUUUAUUGGGUCCGGCAUGCUCGUCGGUCUGAACGUAUCCAUUUCAUUCUUUGCGGGCUCCGUCAUUGCAUGGGGUAUCAUUGGCCCCCUUCUGGUGCACUACGAAGUAGCAUUUGGCAAGCUUCGGCAACCUGAAGAAUACGGUGUGGUCAACUUCGCAUCGUUCAGUCCUCCAUUCUCAAGCAAAGAGACACCCUCUCCACGAUACUGGCUUUUGUGGCCUGGGGUUCUAGCCAUGAUCACUAUCUCAUUCACUGAACUUCUAUUGCAGUGGCGUAUAAUCUUCUUUGCGUUUAAAGCAGCCAGCAAGGGCGUCGGCAAGGGCAUCUAUAAGUUGGGGUCGAAGCUCGGAAAAGAUUUUAGCUUCCUUCGAAAGGCCACUGAGCAGGAAACCAGAGAUCUCGUCGAGGAUCCCGCCGAAGAUACAGAACUACCUCAGAUGUGGAUGUGGGGACCUGGUCUCAUCGUGACUAUCAUCGCCAUGUGCAUCGUCAUGAGCGUUCAGUACGAAAUGCCCCUUGGAAUGUCACUUCUCUCAAUAUUCCUGGCUUUCUUCUUUUCCUUUCUUGCAAUACAGUGCACAGGCGUCACCGAUAUUACACCACUCACAGCCGCAUCAAAAGCAUCGCAGAUUAUUCUCGGCGGCGCAACAAAGGGCGAACAUUGGACUAUAGAGCAUUCCCAACGUCUUAACCUUCUUGGGGGCGCUCUGGCAAACAUGGGAGCUAAUCAGUCUACUGAUCUAACUGCUGAUUUUCGAACUGGUUUCUUGCUCCGAACACCACCAAUCCAGCAAUGGCUUGCCCAAGGUGUGGGCACUCUUGUUGCUGUGUUUGUUGCACCGGUUAUGUUUAGGUUGUUCAUGAAAGCGUAUCCGUGCAUCAUCAGAAUGGAUGACGAGUGUCCCUUCACUUACCCAUCAGUCGCUGCUUGGCGUGCUGUUGCUAUUGCGGUUACUGAUCCGACGUUUCCCAUUCCCCCAUCCAGUGCAUACUUCUCUGUGGCUUUUGCCGUUUUCGGAUCUUUCAUGGUUCUUCUUAAGCAGUACGCCUGGCGCGGAAAGCUCGAGUGGAUGAAGGCGUAUCACCCAAAUAUGAUGUGUAUUGCCCUUGCUUUUGUUCUUCCACAAACAUACUAUGGCACCGCAAUGGUCAUUGGCGCACUCAUUUCCCAUUUCUGGCAGAAGAAAAAGCCAAAACAUUAUGAGACCUUUGGAUAUGCUAUUGCAGCAGGUUUUAUUGCAGGCGAGGGUAUCGGCGGAGUCAUCAAUGCUGUCUUCCAAGUCGUUGGUAUUGAUGGUGACAAGUAUGGUUCAACCAUCGCGUGCCCUAUAUCCUGCUAGGUAGAGGCCUGUGGAUAUGUAUAAACUAUGAGAAAUGCCUAGACAAUCGAUAUUUU